UUUUGUAAUUGUUUUUGUUUGUUUAAAUGUUGUGAAUGAGCGAUAUUGUUGAAAUUUAUGAGUACAAGGUUGGUGCAGAGGCAGCUGAUCCUUUGGUUUUGUAACCUGUUUGGGAUGUAAUUUUUCUGAUUGUCAGAGGAUUAUGGCUACCAAAAGGGAUGAACCAUCUCAGACACAACAGAAAAUGCCUAGUAAAAAGGAAGAGCCGUCUCAAGCACAACAGGUUUUGAAAAUGCCUAGCAAAAAAGAAGAACAGUCUCAAGUGCAACAGAGGAUGGCUUCCAAAAAGGAAGACCCCUUUCAAGGACAUCAGGGAGAUGCUGCAGUUGCUGCUUCUGCUGCUCCAGAUACAACCGGUCCACCAGGCCCGCCAGAUCAUCUGAAUUCUCGUGCUGGCAUCUCGGAUAAUGGCUUGGAUUCCUCUGGGUUAUUUUUAUCUACUUUUUGCCCCUAUUUUUCUUUGAUUAAAGGAAUUGGAUGGACAUCAUGGAAGAAAAGGUGGUUUAUUUUGACACAUACUUCACUAGUUUUCUUCAGAAGUGAUCCAAAUGCCAUUUCUCAGAAGGGGAAUGAAGUGAAUUUAACUCUUGGCAGUAUUGAUCUCAACAAUUCAGGCAGUGUGGUUGUCAAAGCUGAUAAAAAACUCAUAACUGUACUAUUUCAUGAUGGCCGCGAUGGACGAACCUUCACACUCAAGGCUGAAACUUUGGAGGAUUUAUAUGAGUGGAAGGCUGCACUUGAGAAUGCUUUGUCACAAGCACCAAGUUCUGCUCAUGUGAUGGGACAAAAUGGUAUCUUCAGGAAUGAUAAAGCAGAGGCAGUUGAUGGUUCUAAGGAACCAGUGAAUAAUAAACAACCUAUGAGAUCUACAGUUGUAGGCAGACAUGUUUUGUUUGCACUGGAAGAUGUUGAUGGAUCUCCAACAUUUUUGGAGAAGGCCCUAAGAUUUAUAGAAGAGCAUGGAAUUAAAGUAGAAGGGAUCUUAAGACAAGCUGCAGAUGUUGAAGAUGUUGAGCGCCGAAUUCGGGAAUAUGAACAGGGAAAAACUGAGUUCUCUUCUGAGGAGGAUGCACAUGUCAUUGCUGAUUGUGUCAAGUAUGUCAUUCGAGAGUUGCCAUCAUCUCCUGUCCCUGCAUCAUGCUGCAAUGCACUACUAGAAGCAUGCCGAACUGAGCGUGGUGGUAGAGUCAAUGCUAUGCGUGUGGCAGUAUUGGACACGUUUCCUGAGCCAAACUAUCGCUUAUUGCAGAGAAUUCUAAUGAUGAUGCAAACUGUGGCUUCUAACAAAACUGAAAAUCGAAUGAGCUCUUCAGCCGUGGCAGCAUGCAUGGCUCCCUUGCUUCUUCGCCCCCUUCUAUCUGGUGACUGUGAGAUUGAAAACGAUUUUGAUGUGGGUGGUGAUGGUUCAAUUCAACUGCUGCAAGCUGCUGCUGCAGCCAAUCAUGCUCAAGCUAUUGUUAUUACAUUAUUGGAAGAGUAUGAUCAAAUAUUUGGGGAAGGUUAUGUUUCCCCUGAUUUAUACUCUGACACGGAAGAGAGUGGAAGUGAAAGUGAGGAGGCAACUGAUGAUGAUGAGUCCUAUGAAGAUGAUGAAGAUUAUGAAGAUGAUGAAUGCGAUGAUGCCACACAAGCAUCUGAUGCAUACAAUGAUGAUGAGUAUGAAGCAAGUGGAACAGGCAGCGAGAGUGGUCACUCUGUUAACAAUGAUCUGGAUGAUGAUAGGGAUUCUGAUUAUUCGAGCUCAGGUUCUGAGUCCGUAGCCUGUGAUGCUUUAAAAGCCACCAAGAAGUUUUCAAGUUCAAUUCACUCUUCGCUGUCUGAAAAUGAUGAUUUAGAAAGGAGUGACAAUAAUAAGAGAAGCAAUAUUUCUGCAAUGGAGACCAAUAAAUAUGCUCAGCUGUCCAAAGGUGUUCAGGAAGUAACCAAGGUGGAGGAUAAGUUAAAUCAUGAUAAUCAAAUCUCAUGCAUCCCAAAAUCCGCAUCUAUUGGAAAUGGACCUGGCCACGAUGUCAUGCGUUCCACUGUUUGGGGACGUACUGCUGCAAAGAAGAACCUUCCUAUGGAAUCCAUUGAUUUUCCAUGUGAAGAAGAGGCUGAAAUAGAGACACUUGAGGCUGCGAAAUCUGACUUGCAAAAGAGACUCACAGAAGAGAUUGAAGGUAAUUCCAUUCUUGAAGCUAGCUUGGAAAAACGAAAGAAGGAAUUGCAUAGGCGUCGUCUAGCUCUUGAGAAAGAUGUAGCAAGAUUAGAGGAAGAGUUGCAAAGGGAGAGAGAUAAGAGGACGGCUCUGGAAGCAGGACUUAACCCACCGCAAGGACUCGUAUUUCUCCCAGCUACAAUUGAUGAAAAGACAAAGGCAGAUCUCAAGGACAUAGCUCAAGCAGAGGCAGACAUAAUCAAUUUGAACAAAAAGGUUGAUGAUCUGGGGAUGCAGAUUAAUCAACAGCUUGAGCAAAAUUAUGUUUCCAUGAAUGAUUCGUGCAAUCGACAUCAACCAAAUCAUCAAGCAAAAAUGAAGGAUAAGCCAAAGGGUACUGAUGCUGCUUUUGAAAGGUCAGGAAGCAAGGAUAAAUACGUGGACAAAGGAGAGUGCAAGAAUGAGAAGACGCAGGAAUGAUCUUCGACAAAUAAACAUCCACCUCAAAACCAACAGUUAGAUCACUCAGCACAUAACAACAACAGUAUGCAUGCAGCAGAAACAGUUGCACAGAAGCCCCUUGGUUCAAGUAAUUCCAAGAAGUCUACUACACAGGGUGAGGUAUGUUCUAUUCUAUUUUAACAUGACACCUUUUUAUCAAACUGUAAUGUAGUUUUCUAGAAUUUGAACCCAUCACCUUCCGAAGUUUCUGAUUCAAGAUAAAAUUACUAUGUUCACUUCAUCUUAGAGAACAUGUUUGUUCUAUCAUUCCGUGAUAACUUGUCCUCAUUCUUUUCAGCACAUAUUUGGUAAUGACUGGUUUCGUUUUUAGUGGUUUAAAGCUAAUCUGUUGUUCAGGGAGCCAAUUCCGCAUCUUCAGCACUGACAAAGCUGACAACCCGGCUCAACUUUCUGAAGGAGCGGCGAAGCUAGAUUGCAAAUGAAAUCAUGGAGAAAGGCCGAGGUUCAAAUCAAGCUGUUCCAAGCUCAGAUAAAGGCAAAGGACCAGAACCUAUUCAAUCUGUUCAAAAUCCAGAAAAAGGUAGAGGACCAGACAUUAGCCAAUAACUCUAGAUCCAGACAAAGGGAUUGGAUAAGAAGGCCAAAGAGUUCCAUGCUCACAAAACCCC